AUGAGUUCAGUAUUUUAUAGGAAUCAUAGGUUGGACUCUUACAAGUACGAUCGGACACCAUCUCAUCUUUCAUGUUACGCAAAACAAAGCAUGAAUAAUGGUUUCAGAAAUAUCUGGGGAAUCACCAAAGAACUAUGUACCAAAAAUGGGAAAAUGCGAAAAGUGUGCAUAGCUGAAUUCGUUCAAAGAUGUAUUUGGAGGUUCAAAGAAUUUUAUGUUAACGAAAAUGAAUUCGCAUCCUAUACUAUCAGCACUCUUUUUCAAUGCAAGUUAUACAUAUAA